AUGCCUGAAGAAGGUGAAGCUCAAAAGAAGUGGAAGGUAGACUCGACACUGGAAUGCCUCAACUGCAACGAGAUAAUCACGGUCGGGUUUGGUGGCACUCACAGUCUCAAAGAGCACCAACGCUCGAAACGAUGUCGUGAGGAAGUGAGGAAGCGUAAGGAGGCGGAGGAGCCCUCAAAGCCCAAGGGUAUCACCUUGUUCAGCCUAGGUGUCAAGAAAGUGGCUGGGUCAGUCAUGAAGAGGAAGAGCACGACAAAGACGGCAUCGGCAGUGGACCCACCGAAAGCACCUACUCCCUCUACAUCAUCCUCUCCUACACCCUCAGCCUCUACUUCCGUCCCGGCGCCGACCAAUCCACCAUGCCCUGAGGCCCUUGCGCUGAUACAACGUCUGCGGGCGGCACGGAGGGGGCUACCUGCCACUGUUGAGGAGGUGUCUCAGGAGACGACUACAAUCGACGGCCCUCAGGGGCUUGCUGCCGUGGUGUGCUGUCGCAACGCCCUCGCUGCCCUUCCAGAGGCGGAGGUGUGGGAGAAUCUGGAUCCCAUGCUCAACAAGAUAAUGGGCGGCGAUAGCAAGCAAGAUGACUUACAGGCGUUAGUGAGGAUAGGCCCUCUCGGGCUUGACGGCUUCAUCGAGUUCUUGGAGUUUGUGGUCAUUCAGCGAGGGAUCAAGGGCGGGCUACUGGAAGGGAAGUUGACACGAUUCAUCAGCGCGAUGGAGGCAUUGCCAGGCUACUCUGCAGUAUCUGGUCCGAGCGUUUGCGCGGCGGCUCCCUUGGUCGUCGACCUCACUCGCGAUGACGAGGAGAUGUUGAUCCCUGCUGCAGCUCCUCGCUGCCCUGUCCCUGUUGUCGCACUCCCUCCACCGCUCCGGCCACGACUACCGUGCAGCGGCUACACGCUGGCCAUCCCCGAUUCGAAGACAGCCGCCUCCGGGUAUCCGCUUGGACUUCACGACGAAUAUGACCUACCUUGGUCCGUCCGAUUUUGGAAGAAUACUAUCUGCCUCCAUGCCGACGAGUGCAUUGGGCUCACAGACGAUGGUGAGACAUGCGCGUGCUGCAACGCGCUCCCGGGGAAUAUGCGACUGCAAGGCAUCAUGGAAAGAAUGAGCACCGGCGUACACAAGAACGCGCCGCACGCUUACCGGUCGUUUGGCGAGCUUCGUGAGGUUGUUCGUCAGAAGACGGUCCAGCUGGACCACAUGCGUGUCGGGAGGAUGAAUGCGAGGCGCCGUUUGGCGAGAAAACUUACGGCGCUGGCGGACUUCAAGAAAUUCAUCAUGGCUGCAGCCAAGGGAGAGGUAAACCGCCUGGACGCACUGCUACGUGUGUGCAUGAAGAGACGAAUGUCACCGAAGGCGAUGUUAGCGUUACUGGACAAGGCUCUUUGCAAGGUUUACAAGCCGAAGUCCUUCACGGAGGCCGAGAAGCUUCGAGGCCUGGUCAUGCUACGAUUAGGAGGAGCUCGAGUUGCGGACAUUGCCCACCGAUCGUCAGACUCACCGGCCGUCAGCACUCUACGCCAUCACUCAUGCACCCGUCCCAUCCAAAUAUCACCAAGGACGCCCACGCAAGAGGAAAUCCGCGCAAAUAUCCAGGCAUCAGUUCCCGACGUCAACAAUUCCCCCAACAAGGAGACUCACCUAGGGAAGGGUUCACGAAUAUCGUUGAUAGAUGCGGUGGAUGCGGUGGACGUCGCGGGAGACGGCUAUAGCAUUAUGGUCGAUGAGAUAAAGACGGAGCUGAGGGUGAGGUGGGACGAGCAAACGAACAUGAUUGUGGGCGUUGGGAGGGAAGACGCGGACAAGUUAGAACUGGAGUUCAGCUCUAUAGCCGAGGUGGAAGCCCUGUGGGAGGCGGUGAGAACGGAACAUAUUCAUUUAGCGUCGGAGGCCACUGUUGCCGCGAUUGGCCAUAUCCCGAGUUCGCCGCAUAGUCGCAUGUCCGCGUGUCCGAUUCUCGUGUCAGGGACAUGCAAGCGGGAAGACGCGGUGACGCAUUCUCGGCUUCUGCAAACCAUAAUAGAUGCAUGCCGCGCCGAGUCCGUCAAGCUGGCGGGACGUUUGUACAGUUUGGCAUCUGACGGGGAAACCCGCCGUGGUGCAGCACUGGUGAUGCUCACUAUGAAGAAAAAGCUAACUGCCGAAUCCAACAUUUAUCGAUACGUUGGGCUUCUGAAACUCAUGAAUUCCUGGGUCGGCGACGAUGACAUCACUGCCGACAAAGAUUGGAAGCACGUCUUCAAGCGGCUUCGCAACCUUCUCCUCCGGCUUCUUGGCGUCCAUAUCUUUGGUGUUUCUAUCUCGACUCAGAGUCUCCGCGAGCACCUCACCUCUACUAAGACAUGCACUGAAACACAGGCCGACGCUUACACGGAUCCCAAUGACAAACAAGACGUACCACUCGCCUUCAAUUUUCUCAAGCGCGUGUGGGAAAUUCCCCCUCCUUCCGACAACGAUGAGCCAACUGUGUACGUCUCUCGGGUUGCUAUCCGAAGGUUCGGUCUAUUUCUCAGGUACCUUCUCGCGCCGUACAUCACGCCGACUAUGUCCCUUCAUGAGCAACUUGUCUCUCUGAGUGCUGCCGCUCACCUCGCCCUCUUGAUGUACGUUGACGCAGGUCCGGGCAACGAUUUCAUGCCAAAGACCCUGUACCAAGACAUCCAGAUCAUGAUCAAGAACGUCUACUAUUCGGUGGCAAAGGCAAAGGUUGACAAACCCGGAGGCAAUUUCUACAUUAUAUCCCUUGGUACCGAUCGCCUGGAGCAGCUAUUUGGGAUCUAUCGGACAAUGAUCGGGAGCGACGCCAACGUAGACAUCCUCCAAUUGGCUCUUCGCAUUGCGAAUGUAGCCGAGGUGGGGAAGAUCAUGGUCAAAUAUCCCGAAUGGGAUGUAUGUCCGCGCCGCCUCAAGACGCCGUCACUCAAUGCUUCCGCGGAACUUUCUUCAAAGAUUGAUCAUCUCAACCCAGCGUCGUGGCUCGGCGACACCUCCUUGGCUCCAGUCCAGCCCCUGACGGCGUGGAAUGAAGGUCGUCGUCUCAUUGAACAGGAGUUCAGUGACCUUGGGGCAGUGGCAUGCUUUGAGCGUGUCGAGGCAACACCAGACGCGGAUAUGAUGUUUCCGUGGGGUAACUCCCGCAUUCCCACUGAGGUGCCUGUCCCCGAGUCUCCAGAGGAAGAGAACAGCGAUGAGAAACCCACCGACCAGCCCACGCUUAUCCCCGCUCCGUCCAUGGACCUUGACUUGGAGGAGUAUGUCAGCGAGAACCUCCCUCCUGCUACAACUGCGUCAGCCGCCAAGGUCAACCCUCACAUCCUUGUCGAAGGCAAGCCAGUUUUCAAACCGGCUGUCUUAUGCCUCUUCUUCCAAACUCUCAACUCCUCUGGUUCCACCGACCGACUCAAGCGCGUGGCCGGUCUCACGCGCUUCCCUAUUCCCGAGAAGGAUAUCAUCUCCACGACCUCAGCGCUUGGCGAUGAACGCCUCGUAGUCAACGACCCGGCGUUUACGGUCGUCCGAUGCAACGGCCGCAUUUUCUUGGCAUUAAUGCAGGUGAACCUCAUUAUGUUUAGGUCUAAAUCUGUUGGUUCGAUUGCAGAGCGCAAGCUUCAUGAAGACAGCGUUGAGCUCAAGGGUCAGCUAAUGAUCCUCCGCGAGCACUCUACACCAAUCGCCUUGGAUGACAACGCCGACAAUGACGACGAGAACAGCGAGCUUUACGACUGGCGCUGGUCUGGCGCCCUCGACAAGAACUUCAAGACUUUGGGCCGGUUUGCCCAGAUUGUCGAUGCCACGGUCUCAACGGCAGUUAUUGGCCAGCCAACGUAUUUCUUCCGGACCCCCGAGCUCUCUGCUAUUGCUGCCUCACUCUACGCUCAGGUCAUUCCCGACGACCGCCAGCUCCUUCCGUCGAUCCCCCAGACAGAUACAUUCCCGUACCGGGUGGCCUCAGGUCGAGCAGCAUUUCUAUGCGAAACCGAGAGCGCUGACACCCAACUCGAACGCGACGGCAACUGCUGCCCUCGCUGCGGGCCGCGGCACCCCUGGAACCGCAAGUCGGGUCCUCGCGUGCUCGAGCAUGUCGGCGCCCAUAUACUAUUUGACCCCUCGCUCGACAAGACCGCCGAGCUCUGUGGCAUGUGUGGGAACAACGUGACAUUGUCUGGCUGCGUUUUUUUCCUCCGCAAGCCCAAGGGAUCCGGCACCUCAAUUCAAGUCCACCAUAAACGCUCGCGCUGCACAAACUACGUCAAGUUUUCGUACCAGCCUGCGAAUGUUUCGGUUGCAUGCCCGCUCUGCCCCGACGACAAACCGGCUGUAUGGAAAUACAGCAUCGAAGCCCAUAUCCGGCUCCAUCACAACUUGAACACCCCGUCCGCGCGCGACCUCAUCAAUUCGUGCGUCCUCACAGUCUCCGAGAACGCCGGCAUGUUGGGAAAGUGGACUACUCGCUACAAGCAUACGCGGCUAUCGAAGAAGUCGAAGCCGUCGCAGCUUCUCGUGUCCGACGCCCACUCUGCUGCGGCAGCUACGAGUUACGAUGAUGAUGACGUCGACACGUCCUCAGUGAACCGGUCAGGCGGCGAGGACGACGACACCAGUACUGACACCGACAUCGACACUGAACCCGGUGCGAACGUCAACGAUAUUCCCAACGACGACGGCUAUCAAUUGCUGUGCGACGACGAGGAGAACGCGGCUGGACCCUCGGGGUCCGGUGACCAUAACGAUGGAGACGACGAGAACAUUUUCACACUGGAGGGGCGCCCGACGCGAUCAGGUCGCAUUCGCCGAGCGCGCGACAUGAGCGAUAUCCAUGCAUGCUAUUGCAUGGAUACCGUCAUGCAGGCGGAGAUCGACGCUAAUAUUGCUGUCAGGUGUACUGGACGCGGAUUACCAUAUGAGAUGUGUGACGAUCAUCGGCUCUAUAUCAAAAUGGCGUUGCGAGGCUUGUCAGGAGAGCAGCCGCAGGCCUUCUAA